GUAGUUUCCAGGCGGCGCGUGGUGUGGCGAUGGAACAUAGGGUUCAUGUGAUCUGUCACAUGACAGUGGAUCUCCAGAAAGGCAAAAUGAGACUCCGAACCUGCCUCCUAGGGCUCCUUGCUCUCUGUGUCGCCAGCAAAUGCAGUUACAGCCCGGAGCCAGACCAGCAGCGGACGCUGCCCCCAGGCUGGGUGUCCCUGGGCCGUGUAGAUUCUGAGGAAGAGCUGAGUCUCACCUUUGCCCUGAGACAGCAGAACGUGGAAAGAUUGUCCAAGCUGGUACAGGCUGUGUCGGAUCCUGGCUCUCCUCAUUAUGGAAAAUACCUGACCCUAGAGGAUGUGGCUGAACUGGUCCGGCCAUCACCACUGACCUUCCACACAGUCCAAAAAUGGCUCUCAGCAGCUGGAGCCCGGAACUGCCACUCGGUGACCACACAAGACUUUCUGACUUGCUGGCUGAGUGUCCGACAGGCAGAACUGCUCCUCUCUGGGGCUGAGUUUCAUCGCUAUGUGGGGACACCUGCAGAGAUCCAUGUUAUAAGGUCCCUACGUCCAUACCAGCUCCCGAAGGCCUUGGCCCCUCAUGUGGACUUUGUGGGCGGGCUGCACCGCUUCCCCCCCACAUCAUCCCUGAGGCAACGCCCUGAGCCACAGGUGUCAGGGACUGUUGGCCUGCACCUGGGGGUGACCCCAUCUGUGAUCCGUCAGCGAUACAACUUGACAGCACAAGACGUGGGCUCUGGCACAACCAACAACAGCCAAGCCUGUGCCCAGUUCCUGGAGCAGUAUUUCCAUGCGUCAGACCUGGCUGAAUUCAUGCGCCUCUUUGGUGGGAACUUUGCACACCAGGCAUCGGUAGCCCGUGUAGUUGGACAGCAGGGCCGGGGCCGGGCUGGGAUCGAGGCCAGUCUAGAUGUGGAGUACCUGAUGAGUGCCGGUGCCAACAUCUCCACCUGGGUCUACAGUAGCCCUGGCCGGCAUGAGUCACAGGAGCCCUUCCUGCAGUGGCUCCUGCUGCUCAGUAAUGAGUCAGCCCUGCCACAUGUGCACACUGUGAGCUAUGGAGAUGACGAGGACUCCCUCAGCAGUGCCUACAUCCAGCGGGUCAACACUGAGUUCAUGAAGGCAGCUGCUCGGGGUCUGACCCUGCUCUUUGCCUCAGGUGACAGUGGGGCUGGGUGUUGGUCUGUCUCUAGAAGACACCAGUUCCGUCCCAGCUUCCCUGCCUCCAGCCCCUAUGUCACCACGGUGGGAGGCACAUCCUUCCAGAAUCCAUUUCGAGUCACAACUGAGAUUGUUGACUAUAUCAGUGGUGGCGGCUUCAGCAAUGUGUUCCCACAGCCUUCAUACCAGGAGGAAGCUGUGGCCCAGUUCCUGAGCUCCAGUCCCCACCUACCACCAUCUAGUUAUUUCAAUGCCAGUGGCCGUGCCUAUCCAGAUGUGGCUGCACUCUCCGAUGGCUACUGGGUGGUCAGUAACAGCGUGCCCAUUCCAUGGGUGUCUGGCACCUCGGCUUCUACUCCAGUGUUUGGUGGGAUCCUAUCCCUGAUAAAUGAACAUAGACUCCUCAGUGGCCUCCCUCCUCUUGGCUUUCUCAACCCAAGGCUCUACCAGCAGCGUGGGGCAGGACUCUUUGAUGUAACCCGUGGCUGCCAUGAAUCCUGUCUGAAUGAAGAGGUGCAGGGUCAGGGGUUCUGCUCUGGCCCUGGCUGGGAUCCUGUGACAGGCUGGGGAACACCCAACUUCCCAGCUCUGCUGAAGGCACUAAUCAAACCUUGACCCUUUCCUGCCUGGAGAGUGAACUGGUCCCCUGCCCCAUAGGUGGUGGCUUUGUCUCUAAUUCUGCACUGUUGGAAGGCCUGUUGAACCCUCAACCAUAGACUGCUACAGACAGCUUAUAUCCCUAACCCUGAAAUGCUGUGAGCUUGACUUGACUCCUAACCCUACCCUGCUCCAUCAUGCUCAGGUCUUCCUACUCCAGCCUCAUGUUCCUCUACAGAUGCUAUAACCAGUACUGAUUGGGAGCCUCGCCUCCCCUAACUCCUCCUCCUCCUCCAUUUCUCCUUUCUCUCUUCAACCAGGCUUUUUCAAAUAGUUGUCUCUGCUGUCUGUGCACACUAUUUCACUUGAUGUUCUCUUCUCAGUUCAUUGCAGUGAGACCUCUGCUCUCACAUUUUCACUCUUUCCUCCCCUGACUAUGACAAACAUUGGCCGUCCUGCUGCAUCAUCCAGUGCACACUUGCUAAUCUUUGCUUUAUGGUCUCUCUGUCCCAGCUAUCCAUUUCCUCUCCUUCCUUAGCCUUCAGGGCUUAACCUCUUUUCUGACCAUUCCCACUUCCUCCUUCAUUCCCCCUUCCUCUUUUCUUCCUCACUGAAUGUUUGUACCAUUACUUCAUCUUUAGUCUUUUGCUCUUCUCAGUCUACCCGAUAUUGCCUGGAACAAAUCAGUCACCCGUAUCUACAGCCAUCACCAUCUCACUAAAUCAGACUUUCUAUCUGACAAUGAUUGAUACCUCAAGUGCAAGAUGUGUGAUACUCAAUACUUCAUCUCCCUCCUUCCCAAUGCCAGACCUUUUUCUUGUGUUCCGUCUUGGUAAGUGAUACUGUGCUUUUUCUGAACAAGCCAGAAGCCUAAGUGUUAGCCUAGACUCACUUUCCUUCACCUCCCCCUCCCCAUUACCACUGUCAAUAAGUCCUACCGACUUCCCCUUUUAAAUACAUCUUUAUCAAUCCAUAAGUCCUGCCAAUUGUUAUUUCCUAAAUAUAUCUAGCCCUCAUUUACUUCUUUUCAUCUCUACUGCUACUACAUUAGCUUAGGACUGUAUCUUCUCUCCUCUGAAUUGUAGGAGGCCCUUGCCAAAGGUGUCCUUACUUCCUGCCCAUCCACAAAAUCGUUUUUUCAGAGUAAAAUGCAAAUCCCAUCAGGUCAUUUACUUAAGACCCUUCAAAGGUUACUGAUGCAAUUCUGGCUUUUUGCUAUGACUCACAAACCUGAUUCUUUCCUUGCCAUUUGUUCCUGAGUACCAAAUUGUUUAUCUUCUCUUGUUCUCCCUCCCUGCUCUGCACACACUUUCACUUUUCCUCAAGGUAGUCUAUGCCCUUAACAUGUCCCUCGACUCCCUUUACCUGGUUCACUUCGAGUUCUCUUUAAAAACUCAGAAGUCAUAUCCUCCUGUGAACCUUCUGACUCCCUGAAGGUAGCUCAUUUUUGUGUAGCAGAAAAAUCCUAGGUUUUUAAAAACAGACCUAUUUGAUACUUGGUUCUGAUGUAGACUAGGACAGAGCCUUGGACAGGUACAUCUCCCCGAGUCUUUUCCCUCCUCUGUUAAGGGGGGAUAUCAAUACCUGCGUCUCACAAUAAUCAGGGAAUAAUUAAGUGGAAUAAAGUUGAUAGAGGGCCUGACACAAAGAAGUAGGCGGCAGAUGUUAGUCCCCUUCCUCCUUUGCACUGCAUCCUGUGUCUACCUCUAGUAUUGUGACUCCAAUGUAGUACUGAAAAUGCCAGCUAACCUGUUUGCCUCCCCAAGACUGUCAGUGCCCAGAGGACUAGAGUCUCGUCCUGCUUAACUUUGUACUCCCAGGCCUCGCUCAGGAUGGGCAAAUAGGAAUCAAAUAAAUGUGUGUUGCGUUGAACACCCCCCCCACACA